UGGAUACUCUUCAUCUGCGACGUGUUUUAGCUGUCAAAAUUCUGAAAAUUUGUAGAUUUUCUCCUGUUUGAGAGUCAUGAACGUCGAAUGACACAGGAAAUAGCACGCAACAUUUCCAUUUAUUGUCAGUAAUCAUCUGGAAUUUCCGCACUUGCAAAGAUAAAAGAUGGGUGCAAACAGUAGUAGCUUCAGUGAUUUAGCAACCAACCCAUAUUUGAUCAGAUUUGCUGGUUCCGAGCCUAUUUCUCCUCAAGAUCCAUUCUGGAACCAGCUAUUGUCGUAUACAUUCCUCAUACCAAUAAAUAGCUCCGAUGGCAAGUUGUUAGAAGAAUCAACUGCUUUGACGUGUAAAAAUCUGGCCAUCAACAACUGUAAAACAGGGAACUUUGGUGCUCUGAUCAGGACAUUCCUCAUUAGAUGUACAGAACUUAAAGCUUCUACAGAAACGAAGGAUAAUAUUUUCACGUGGCAGACAUACAAUGCGCUGUUCAUCAUUAGAAGUGUAUGUAAAUAUCUGGUAGAGCAUCUCAGUGAGGAUCUACUUAUACAGCAGUUUGAUGCUGUACCGCCGAAAAAAGAUGGAUUUGCUGAUACAGAGCUGACAUGUUCAGUUGGGGAAGAGCUGAUGAAUGCCUUGGUAGAACUUCUAGUUGAUGUCCCAGUAUUGACAUUCACGUACGCAUUACACCUGGAAGCGUUGAACACACUUCUGACGUUACUGUCGGUACAAAUGUACCAACCACAACCAGCCAGUAAAUUCACUCUGUAUAAAUACAUGAUGGAGGGAAAAUGUUCAAUCCACGCAUGUUUAAUGGUGAAAGCUUUGUUGAGGAACUAUAUGAACCAGGAGAAAUGUCCGGCGGAAUUGUACAAAAAUACAACAGAUGGUGUUGGGGCAUUGGCCAGCAUGACAGCAUCAUUGGCUUCCAGUUUAUGGUCAGUGGUCACUCUAGGUAUGGGAUCAUCAUCAAAUGAGAAAAAACCAGAAGAAGAAUUUCACGAGACUUUAUUAGCCAAUCAGAGCCUGCUAUUUCUGCUAGUGUUAGCCAAUCACUGUACGAGUGACAGAGCAUUGAAUAAUCCAUACAGACAGGCUUUGUUCCAGUUUACAAACUCACAAGACCCCAAGAGUGAAAACCAGUCUUCAGGGCCUACGCCAGUAGCACAGCUGACAUUUAAAAUGGAUUUUACAGAACUUUAUAAAACAUUGUGUACCACAUUGAGAGAUGAUCAGACAACAUUGUUACUCUAUCUACUUAUACACAGAAACCCAAACAUGAAGGCUUUUAUACUGUCACGGACAAAUAUUGAUCAGCUGGUGAUGCCAUUACUGAAGAUACUAUACCAUGCCCAGGACAAGAAUUCCCACCAUAUAUACAUGGCUCUGAUUAUACUGCUGGUGUUAUCGGAGGACGAUGUGUUCAAUAAGGCCAUACAUGAAGUGGCACUAAAGAAUGUUCCAUGGUUCAAGGAGAGAUCUAUGUCAGAGAUAUCACUAGGUGGUCUACUUAUCUUAGUUGUGAUUAGAACUAUACAGUAUAAUAUCACUAGGAUGAGGGACAAGUAUUUACACACCAACUGUCUGGCAGCAUUAGCAAAUAUGUCAUCACAGUUUACAAAUCUACAUCAAUAUGUGUCACAGAGAUUAGUCAGCCUGUUUGCGCAGCUGUGUAAGAAGCAUACCAAGUUGGUUGAUCAGAUACGACAGGCAGCCAUGAAAGGUCAUCAGACAGCGGAGAAUGAGGUUCAAGACUCUGACGGAGAAACCCAGGAAGAUUAUAUGCAGGACUUGGCAGUAUUAGAAGAAGUGAUACGAAUGGUGUUGGAAAUCAUAAACUCUUGUUUAUCUGCAAAUCUCCAUCACAAUCCUAAUCUAGUGUACACGUUACUCUACCAAAAAGACUCGUUUGCCAUGUUUCGGACACAUCCGACAUUUCAGGACAUUAUUUCAAACAUUGACACUGUGUUAGCAUAUUUCUCCGGGAAACUUGAACAAAUGGGUGGGAAUCCAAUGCCGACGGAAGUAUUGGAGGUUAUAAAACAAGGUUCAUUGCAGUUCAGAAGAGAUAGAUUAAAGGUAUUAUUUUAUAUUUUGAGGAUUAGUGGAAAAGGUAUUAUUUUAUUUUGUGGGAAUUUUUAUAAAAGGUAAAACUAUUUUGUAAGG